AUGGUUCCUCAGGCCACAGGCCCCUUGCCACAGCCUUCCACCCCUCAGCUGGAGCAACUGGCGCUUCCCCUCAUCCGCCACAUUCCCGAAGGGAAGCAGGAGCAAGAUGGUGAGGAGGGCCCGCCCCCGGCAGAGCCUGAGGAAGAAGAUGGAGGAGAGGCCUUCUUCAAGUACAGCCCCGGGAAGCUGCGGGGAAACCAGUACAAGCAGCUGAUGACCAAAGAGGAGCUGGAGGAGGAACACAGAGUUCAGAAAGAGCAGCUGGCGGCCAUCUUCAAGCUCAUGGAGGACAACAAGGAGACAUUUGGCGAGAUGUCCGAUGGCGACAUGCAAGAGCAGCUCAGGCUCUACGACAUGUAGGCUGCCACCUCCGCCGCCCCGCAGGACGUCCACCGCUGCUAUGCUGUGACAGCCCUGACCCGACCCCAGCCCUUGUUACUUUCAGACUUUCAUAGGCUUCACUUGAUCUUACACCUACAGAUGUAGCGGCAUGUUAUGUACAGAUGUGCUCAGUUCUUGCAGUUUCUCUAUCACAUUAUAGGUCAGGACUGUGGUGUUCAGAGAAUGGCCCGGACUCCUUUGGCCUCCACCUGUGGGUGAGGUUCCAGCUGUUACAUAGGUAACCCUCCCAGACUGUCCCCAAUCCCGACUAAAUGCUCCACACAGACCCAGGGCAGUCGCGGGCGGCAGCUGGGAGGGAUGACGUGAAGGCUCAGCCCCCGCCCGGGGUGUGGAAGGGAUCCAUGGUGCUGGGGGAAGAGGAGCAUCGGGGCCUGUGCCUGCGUGUCCAGUCUAACAACACUACACUCGCACUCUGCCUUAGAAGAGUUUCUGGAAGCUUCCAAACAGUAUGGAAGCAAGUAGUAGGGAAGCACUCUUUUAGCAAAAAGCCCAUUUCAAUCUCAUCCUCAAUCCUGGAACAAGACAACUGUAUCAGAGUCGAGCCCCUCUAAGAGUUUCCCUCAUUGAUGCAUGAGACUUACUUUACAUAUAACUAAAACACUUAUUUGCGUGCUCAUAAUGCACCUAGAACUAGGCUAGACACUACAGAUAGCAGAAACAAACCAUGGGGCGUGGUGUCUGCCUUCAGGGAGAUUAAAGCCCUUUAGAGAAGACAGGCCAUGUGCAGGGAAAGAACCUCACAGACAGCAUCCAUAAAAUGCCAAAGUGAUCUCAGAGCAGCAUCAAGGACACCUCACGAGAGCAACACAUUUCCAUGAGGCAGGGAGUGCGUAACAGGAAAUAGCCAUUUCUCCGUGCUGCACAGACCUCGUUUCCGAUCACCCCACUGGCAGAAAACUUCGCAGCCAACUGAGUUAGGAAGGACCCAUGACGUUCUUAUAUUUUUUAUUUGCUGGAAUAAAACAAACAAAAUUAAAAGCC